CCCCGGCACCGACAUCUCCACCACCCCCGGCACCGACAUCUCCACCACCCCCGGCACCGACAUCCCCAUCACCCCCGGCACCGACAGCAGCAUCAACACCGGCACCGGCAGCAACGCCGGCAUCGGCAUCGGCAUCACCUUCGGUGUCACCAUCACCACCGGCCUCGGCACCGGCACCGGGAUCGCCGCUGGCACCAGCCGCGGUCACCCCUCCCGUGCACACGGCACCUGCACCCAAGGACCUUGGCUCGUCCUCCCUGCAGUGAUUCCCAGCAGGAAUUCCCAGUGACUCCCAGCAGCCAUUCCCAGCAGGGAUUCCCAGUGGGACACCGGUCGGAGCCAGAGGGGACCCAGCCGGGACUGAUCCCUGUCCCCCGUGGUGCUCACCCGGGCACGGGGCAGACGCGGUGCCAGGCCAGGCUGGAGGGUGCCCGGGUUAGCAUGACCGAGGUGGAACCCGUGCUGGACUUCGCAUCCUCGGGCAGGACGGGCCGGCGCAAUGCCCUGCCCGACAUCCUGGGCUCGCCCGCCGGCGUCAGCCCCGCGGACCUGCCCCUCAAACUGGCCGAGAUGUCCCUGAGCGCAGGCAGUGCCCAGGACAUGCAGUCGCCCUCAGCGGAGGUGCCCCCUCCGCAGCCCCCCAGCCCCGAGCUGAAAGACACGUCCUAACCCCGCCCGGGGGGGACAUUUGUGACCGGCGGAGGAAGGAGGAGGCUGUGGAGCACCAGCCCAGCUUUCCUGGCCCAGCCGGAGUCCGCUGGGAUUUCCUCGGUGCUGCCGCAGCGAGACCCUGGAGCGUCCCCCCGGCCAUGGGGGAGCAGCGCGUGGCGGGGACGUGGCGGGGACAUGGAGGGGACCUGCCGUGACCCAGGGGCGAUUCCCACCCACGCCCUGGGCCAGGACUCGGGGGGGGGGAGGGGAAUUUUUUUGCCUCCCCGGGGGGAGGAAUAUUUUUCUUCUGGGGCAUUUGGCGGAGCCGAGCGCGGGGGGGGCCCGGGGGGGCCCUCCUGGCCGCAGGAGCAGCCACGGGUGUUUCUUGCUGAGUGUGGUGUUCACUGUGAUGUUUUUGGGUA